GACUACUUUGGCCGGCCGCCAGAGCCACCGCAUCGGACAAAAAACUAGAGAUUGAUCCAUCCAUGGGUUCCUUAUUCUCUUCCCCUGCCGGCGGCGACUCUCUCCCAGUCUCAAAAAAGUACAUUGGCCGCUCUAUUAGGUCAAAAGAAAAAGACAUCGCCCUCCGAAUUUCUAGGCUUGUCGACAUCGCCAUCGAACAUUACAACUCCAACAAUCCAGGUGCCGAGUUCCAGUAUCCUGAGUAUCCUCCCCAGUCGACCACGGAGAUGAAGGCUGCCUGCAUCGGUUUUAGGGGAACUUUCUGGUACCACCUCGGCUUUUCGGCUCACCCCAUGGAUGCCACCGCCGAGACGCAACACUUUUUCGCUGAGCUAUAUUUUGAUAGACAGUACCUCGAACUAGCCGUUGAAACAUGCAUCAUCUUAGAAAAGCCAUUGUGCCGCUUUAGCAGCUCGUGUGCAUUUUGUCCGGACGAAUCCAAUAUCUUGCACCCAAGUGAUGAAGAAUUUGUUUGUGGAAAGCAAGAUCACAAAAAAGAAUUCUUCCGCAGGAGAGAUAUGCUAGUGCGGCCAUUCAGUUCUUUUAUGACACCUCCUGAUAUAGAUAACACCGUCAUAGACAUAGAUAGCACCGAAGAUCCAUGACUCAAACUAUUAUGUUUUUCGACAAAGGGUGGAUUUUAUUAACUCAAAAUGAAGCAUCAAGGGAUACAAACACAUUGAGCACACACCCGGCCUCUGCAUAACCAGGAUGCACACAGCCAACACCAACACACACAAAAGAGGAAAAAAAACGCCAGCAAAGAGCAAAGUCAUACAAGACUCAAGCUAUGCCUAAGCGAGGGAAAAGAAAAAGAAAAAACACUCUGAAACGAUCAAAACAACGGUUGAUAAACUACAUCAACGACCAUAUCCGCACCAACCAUCUCUUGACAGAACAAGCGCAACGAGAAAGUUUCUUCAACAGCAACGCCUUCAGGAAGGAAACGACGCUUAAACGUCGCCGUCACUGGACCCGACCAACAAAGGUCAGACUCUAGGUUUUCACCCUGAAGAACAAGUCCGAGCACAUCCGAGCAAUGCCUUCAUCAAGGUAACGACGCAAAAACAUCGCCAUCGCCAGGUAUAACCAAUUCAGGUCAGACCUAGGGUUUUCACCCCGGAACUCGAGACCGGGUACUCAAGAAGCACCACCA